CGCCGCGGCGCCCGAGAAGUCCGCAGUUGAGUCCAGCUGGAAACAUGCAACUCUUCUGUUGGGGAGACAGCUCCAAUGGACAGUUCGGGCUACAGGGAGCCCUCAGCCCCAUGACCUGGACCGUCCCCGGGGUUGUAACCAAAAUCUGCUGCGGCGACCGGCAUACUUUGUUUCUAAAUGCAAAUGGGGAUGUGCUAUCAUGUGGACACAACUCUCAGGGACAACUUGGGCGACAGAGGAACAAAAAAGAAAAGAUACCAGCUCAAGUGGAGGGGCUGGGUAAUGUGGUGGCGAUGGCUUGUGGUCAGGACCAUUGUCUGGCUGUGAGUGCAUCUGGACAUGUUUUCUCCUGGGGGGCAGGAGAGGAUGGACAGUUAGGACAGUCACAAAGACUUUCCAACAGUCACAGACCAAGUAAGGUGCCUAUACCAUUGCCCAUACCGAUAAUUCAAGUUGCUUGUGGAAACUCCCACUCCCUGGCACUGACUCAAGGAGGAGAUGUCUUCUCAUGGGGUUUAAAUAGUCAUGGUCAGCUGGGCCUGGGGAAGGAGGUGCCAGUGCAGUGUACACCCGUCAUAAUCUGUGCUUUGACUGGAGUAGCUGUAACCCAGAUUGCAGCAGGAGGGACCCACAGCCUGUUCCUCACCCUCGCAGACCUGGUGUACUGCUGUGGGGCCAAUAAAUGUGGUCAGCUGGGGGUCAACAGGGUGGAUGAGAAAGGCAGGUUCAACAUCUGUGUGGUGCCUGCUCUCAGACCUCUGAACGUCUCCUUCAUAAGCUGCGGAGAGUCACACUCUGCCGUGUUGACAAAGGACGGUAAAGUUUACACUUUUGGAGACGGAAGCCGAGGUCAGCUCGGUCACGGCACCUCUGCUAAUGAAGUGAAGCCCAAACUGGUUGCAGGUCUGGAUGGUCCUGCUUCUCAGAUUGCAUGUGGCAGGCAUCACACUCUGGUUUUGGGUUCCUCUGGCCAGCUGUGGGCUUUUGGCAGUGGAGCCAAAGGUCAAAUUGGAAAUGGACACAUGGAUGGUAGUCUGACUCCCACUCUGAUACAAUUUCCACGGACCACUGAUGGUGCAGCAGAUAUGCCCAGUGAUCUGAAAAUAGCUGCUGGAUGGAAUACAAACUUCACUUACUCUUCACCUGCAGAGAACUUGGUCCACAAACAGAUAACUGGACGCCUCGAUGAAACAAAACUCCAAGAAUGGCUGACAAUGGAGCACGGUACCGCAGAGGGGAAAAGAGAAAUAGCAUCAAUGUUUCUGACAAGUUCGAGUCUUGUUGCAAGUUUCACAAAAGCAAAUGGGCUUCCACUAGAAGCGGGCGCCUUGACUGUGGACCUGGAGGCCGCUAGCCGAACUUUUGACCAGCUGAUGGCAAGACCGUGGAUCAAACAAUCAGUAGACAUGGACCUUCUGUGUAACUUGCUUUUCCUAUCAAGAACUGCCUUAAAAUCUCCAGAGAUCCUCUUGGUUCUUCUGACCUGCCCCCUCCUUCAAGAUGACUCUAAUGUCAUGAAUGGAGUUGUGCCUGUGGCCAUCACUUUAGCGCAGCUGCCUGAGAAGACUCUGGAAAUAUUAAGGAGGUGGUGGUCUUCACUACCAGCCUCAAUACUGAUGAAGCACAUUCUGGUCUUCAAAAAGGCUCUUGCCUUCAUGCUAAAGAAUGGCCUCUUAGAAACGCACAACCCAGGAGUCAGAUUCUUGCUCCAAGCCCUCAAGCUGCUGUACAAAGCAAACAAAGCUGGAAAAUCCUACAAAGUCCCACUGAGCACCUUUUAUGUAGAGGAAAUCACUGGGGCUGUGGCGCCAGAGACAGACAUCAUUCUUUGGUGGCAAUUUUCCAAAGUGGAGGAUGAUGUGCACACACCUGCCAUCUUCUGCCGCUACCCAUUCCUUUUCACUCUGCUUCACAAGGUGGCCAUAUUUAACAUCCAUGCAGCCACAAUAAAGAAUAUGCAUCAGAUUGCUCAUAACGCUGCUUUGGUACAGCCUGAUAAGCUGUUGGUGGGUGGCUCAGACUCUCCCCCUGCCCCAGUCUUCCAGCUAACUCUGAGACGAACUCACCUGGUCGAGGACACCUUCAGACAGCUCGGUGCAGCCGACCACUGUGCCUUCCAAAGGGAGCUUUUGGUGGAGUUUGUGGAGGAAAGGAAGAAAUCAAAUGUCAACAAGAGGGACUUUUUCCUGCAUGUGUUUGAUGAGCUGAUAGCUCCUGAAUCUAAAAUGUUCAUAUACAACGAGAGCCAGACUCUCAUCUGGUUUCCUCCCAAGCCAAAAGUCGAAGGGAAGACUUACUUCCUGUUUGGCGUUCUGUGUGGCCUGGCUCUCUACAACCACGACAUUAUCCACCUGCCCUUCCCACAAGUUCUGUACAAGAAGCUGCUCAACAUCAAACCCUCACUGGAUGACAUGAAGGAGUUUGAUCCUGUGCUGGCAGAGUCUUGGAGAAUCAUCUUGGAGGACUACACUCCUGAUGUAGUUGAAGAGCUGGACGCUACUUUCGCUGUGUCCUGGGCUGGCGAGACAGUUGAACUUGAUCCGAAUGAACCGGGAAAACGUGUCACGGGAUCAAACAGGAAAGAAUAUGUAUCCGCCUUUGUGAACUAUGUCUUCAACAAAUCAGUGGAGAGAGUGUUUGGGGAGUUCAAGAGGGGGUUUUUCAAAGUAUGCAACAUGGAUGUAGUGGAGUUCUUCCAGCCAGAGGAGCUGCAAGCAGUAAUGGUGGGCCAAGAAAACUAUGACUGGGAGGUGUUCAAGAAGAACACAGUUUAUGAAGGAGAAUACCACGCUGAGCAUCCAAAUAUCCUCAUCUUUUGGGAGGUCUUUGAGAACCUGACAGCAGAGGAAAAGAAAAAGUUUCUUUUGUUCCUCACAGGCAGCGAUCGGGUACCAUUCCUGGGAAUGGAGAUCAUCAGGAUGAGAGUGGCUGUGCUGCCUGAUGCCUCUGAACGCCAUUUGCCAGAAUCGCUAACCUGCCAUUACCUGUUACUCCUGCCCAUCUACCGCAGAUACCCAGUUGAGAGGACGAUGCAGACACGGCUUCUCCAGGCCAUAAAUCACAACAGAGGCUUCUGGAAGAAGCGCGACACCACAGAAUGAAGUAGCAGAGGUUUCUUUAGAAAGAACCCAUCUUAGCUUCAGUUAGCUUUGUGCUCUUUUGGCUGCUUUUCUUUUGACUGUUAUUUGUAUUUUAUUUUUCUUCUUUGCUUUUAAAAAUGAACACAAGUUUAAAUCUGUCAUAGAGACAAUGCUUAAAAAAUUUAUUGGACCACUACCCCAACGCACCGUUUUUGCCACAGCUGCCCUAAAUAAACAGUAUUGGUAAUUAUUUUUUUUAUGUUUCUUUAAUGUUAAUCCAACAGUAUGCACCAGCGCUUUAGUUAUAUAUUUACUGCUAAAAUAUAAAUAUUGUUAUCCCUGCUGAACUGUCAAAUUCACAGAUUUACAAAAAAGCUGAUAUAGCACAUUAUUAUUUUUUGAUAAAGAGGCCAAAUUACAGUUACUGGGUACAAAAAGUUGAAUUCAGUUUGUUUUUUGCCUAAUAAACAACAUUUUUAGAUUUCUAAAACAUUUGUGUUUUCUUGUUUUUAUGACACAUGGUCUAAUAAGUUUAUUAAGCACUGUAUGUCAUGUUUAUGUAAUGAAAAAGAAGAAAACUAUUUAGGAAAUUGCCCUUUCUUACAUUUGCAGCUUAAAAACCACCUAAAAAAAUUCUCUGCAGUGCUGUCUGGUAGUUUAAUUGUAGACGUGCUCAAAUGUAGUUUUAUAAAGCACAGAAAUAUUUUUUUCAUUGCCUGAAUAAUAAAUUUACACCAAGGGCCAUGUAUCAAAAAACAGUCCAGGUAUAUGCUCUUUUAUAUUUAAUUUCAAGUUUACAAGAUUAGCUUUACUUUAGGUUUGUUAAAGGAUUUGUUUUAUGGUUCCUUCCAUUAAAGUCUGAAUUGGAACAAUUAUCUGCUGUGCAAAUAUAGUAAGGUGUGGGGGGAGAAAAAAAAUCAAUACAGCAUAAUAUCAGUAUCUGCAAUAUUGUAUCGAUAUCUUGCUAUAUAAAUUUCAAAAACAAAUUAAACCAAGAAAAUAUGUUGCUUUUUUCCCCCUACCUGUCCAUACAAUGUUAUACAAAAUAAGGGCUUUUAUUACACACUCAUGACACAGGAGUGUGAAAACCAUACCUGUCAAGUCUCCCGUUUUGGACGGGAAAUUCCCGUAUUUUACCCCUCUGUCCCGGCGUCAUCCCGUAUUUUUCCCGUAUUUUCAGUUUCCAGUUUGCUAUUUUUUGAAAGCAUUCCUGUGCCACUCCAAACUGAACAGUUACUAUCACUAGGUUAGUGCCGACAGCUGGAACAACCCCGUAUUAAACAAUACGGCACAAAAUUGAUCUAGGUAAUGUGGGUCUAGGAAACGCAUUAAAGUUAUUAAGUUAUUUCAUAAAGUUUAUU